GCGAUAUAUCGCUUCCAAAUGCGUGUGGAAAAUCGAACAAGAGUGAUCUAUAUGGAUACUCAAUUUCUUUACAUUCAUCGAAUUUCUCUGGUCGCAAGUGGGUUAUGGCCUUGCAAUCGAACAAUGCUUGUCCAAUUUCAGUCUUUUGUGUUUUCUCUUACUAUGAUUAGCUUUAUUAUAUUUCAGCUUACAACAUUUCUAACUACAGAAUGUACUCUUGACCUUAUCAUUGAAAUUCUUUCUAUAUCAUUUUUUCAACUUUUAUGCGUAAUUGCUUAUAAUUCUUUUUGGAGUAAUGCGCAUGUUUUGGAGCGUCUAUUGAAAAAUCUGCAGUAUAUCUGUAGCGACUUAAAGGAUAAAAACGAAAUUGCUAUAAUAAAAAGAUAUGGACACAUUGCAAAAUGUGUUGCAAUUGCAUUCACAUUGUUGACGAUAUGCGGUAUAUUCAUCUUAACUCUUUUGCCAAUUCUGCCGCGGAUUUUCGACAUCUUUUUCCUCGUAAAUGUAUCCGAGCCAUAUCGCAAUAUAUAUAUCAGAACUGAAUAUUUUGUCGAUGAGGAAGAAUAUUUUUAUUUUAUUUUGCUACAUCUGUACGCAGUCACCUACAUAGAAGGAGUUACAUUAUUAGGAGGAGCAGUAACGAUGACAGGAUACGGUAUAUAUUCUUGUGGAUUAUUUAACAUUGCCAGUUACCGUAUCGAACAGGCAAUACGGAUAAAUAGUGACGAAGUAACUAAUCGGAAGAACAAGAGAGAGAUCGACAAGAAGAUAAGUCAUGCAGUGGACAUUCAUCGCACAAGUGUUGAAUAUACUGAAUGCUAUCUAUAUAACUUUAACGGAACAUAUUGUAUGCUAACAGUGAUUCUUGUAAUUUGUUUGAGCCUUCAUCUGUUUGGAAUCUUUCAAGCCAUUUAUUUAAAUAGGAUGGACGAUUUUCUAAUACACUGUAGUUUUACAGUUUGCACUUUAACAUGUUCAUUAGGAUGCAACUACAUGGGUCAAGCAUAUAUAGAUCACUAUAAUAAUGUAUUUUCAACCGUAUAUAACGUUCGAUGGUACGUUGCAUGUGUACGCGUGCAGAGAUUAAUAUUGUUUCUUUUGCAAAAAGGCACUAAGCCUUAUGGCAUGAAAUUUGGUGGCCUUUAUACACUAUCUUUAGAAAGCUUUGCCAUGCUAUCAACUGCAUCAAUAUCGUAUUUUACUGUUUUAUGUUCUCUACAAAAAAAGUGAUAUUAAUAUGAAUCAGCUAAUAUUACGUUAAGACCAACUGAACUCGACGAUAAAUAACUUUUUGUUCUUAAAAGUUCCGUUCUUAAAUAACUGACUGAAAUGAUCAGAAAAUGAAUAAAGAGAAUGUCACAUCUCCA